AUGGAUGUUUUUAUGAUGGAGAAUAAUAAUGAUUAUUGUUAUUCGAUUGGCAAUGUUAAUGAUGGCUGUGUUGAAAAAAAUAGUUUAGUUUGUGAUGAUUGUGUUUUGGAUACUGUCUAA